UUAUCACACAUUACAUGUGUGCUUUUUGUUUUAUUGAAAAAGUAAAUACUUAAUAGUGAAUUUUUAUUAUAUAAAUCAAAAUACUGUUAUAAACAAAUUUUAGUAUUUAUAACAAAAAAAUAAUUUUAUUUUGAAAAUUUGCAUUUUCCCUGUUAUUUUAACGUUAUACUGUACAGCUGAACCAUGUCAGAUGCAGUAGUCGUCAAGGCAAAUACAGAUCGAAAGGUGUUUCGACCAUCUGCUAAAGUACUGAAUAAAAUACCAGAUGAAAUUAUCAAUGAUCCAGAAUUAAUUGCAGCCACACAGUCAUUACCAUCUAACUAUAAUUUUGAAUUGCCCAAGACGAUAUGGCGUUUAAGACAAAUGCAAGCCAAACGAGUUGCAUUACAAAUGCCGGAAGGUUUAACUAUGUUUGCAAUACAAUUAUGCGACAUAAUUGAACGAUUUACCAAAGCUGACACUGUGAUUAUGGGUGAUGUAACAUAUGGAGCUUGUUGCGUUGAUGAUUUUACCGCCAAUGCCCUCGGUGUUGAUUUGCUUGUUCAUUAUGGACAUAGUUGUCUGAUACCAGUCGAUCAGACUGAAGGAGUAAAAGUAUUAUAUGUUUUUGUAGAUAUUAAGGUUGAUGCUAUUCAUCUAGUUGAGACAGUCAAGCUAAACUUUACAAAGCAACAGAGAUUAUUGUUUGUAAGCACUGUUCAAUUUGUAACUACUUUGCAAGGACUGAUAAAUCGUCUUAAAUUUGAUGGGUAUAAUGUUAAAGUUCCUCAAGAAAAACCAUUAUCGCCUGGAGAAAUUCUAGGAUGUACCUCUCCAAAAGUCACUGAUGCUGAUUGUCUGAUAUAUCUAGGUGAUGGACGUUUCCAUUUAGAAUCUAUAAUGAUUGCUAACCCUUUUCUUGAAGCAUAUAGAUAUGAUCCGUAUGAGAAAAAAAUGACUAGAGAAUAUUACGAGCAUGAUAUUAUGAAAAAAAAUCGAUGUAAUGCCAUUGAAAAAGCUAAAGAUGCCAAUACAAUUGGAUUGAUUUUGGGUACUCUUGGUAGACAAGGAAGCACUAAAGUACUGAAUUAUUUUCAUGAUCAAAUAGAAUCGUUAUCAAAAAAAAGUGUAACUAUUCUUUUAUCAGAAAUAUUUCCACAAAAACUUUCUUGUUUUGGCAACUCGGUAGAUGCGUGGAUUCAGAUAGCGUGUCCUCGUUUGUCAAUUGAUUGGGGCACAGCAUUUGAAAAACCAUUUUUGUCACCAUAUGAAGGCGCUGUAGCAUUGGGUCAAAUUGAUUUCAAUGACAAAGAAAGUUAUCCGAUGGACUAUUACAGUAACAAUAGCUUAGGAGCGUGGACACCAAAUUAUCGACCAGCUAAUGGCUGUUGUGGAAAAGGAUGUGCAAAUAGUUCGAAAAGCAAAACAGAAAAAUUAUUAAGCUGUUCCAAUAAACAAUGAUUGAUUUUAAAGAAUUUAGUUUCAAUAAAUGUUUAUUUUUGUUUAAA